UUUCAUCAUCCAUCAGCCCUGUAAUCUACAUUUUGACUGCUGUGUUUGUGGGCGUGCUUUUUUUCGUCACCUUGUACAACGGGCUACCAGUCUUACACAGAAGGAUCAAGAUUUGGAAAGGAUCGAUUCCAUCACCCAUAAAGAGCAAAGUGCUGGAGGAGAUGGUAACGACUCCCGGUGGAUGGCCAAAUCUCCAGAGUGAGAAAGAGACAACCUCCAUCUGUGUACUACUGGCUGCAGACAAUGUCAGUCUCUGCAAAAGCAGUGAAGAUGCUGUUAAAAUGGCAAGGUCAGGUGGAUCAAACCACUUGCACGCCUAUGUGGGGGAAGGCAUGUGCAAAGACAAAUCAGGCAUAAACUUCAGUGGGCCUUAUAUUCUGUGCUGCGAGGAAUCCUGCACCCAGGACAAAUUACCUGACAGCUCUAUGGACAGACAUCACACAUGCGUGUCGGGAAAGUCUGAGAGUUUUGCUCCAGAAAAUGGAGGCUACGUUGUAACUCCUCCCACCGCCAUGCCAGCAACUCCAAACACCGACCCCGUCGACAGCUCGACCGAUAACCCUUCAGAUGAACCCCCUGCAUACACCCCCAGCCCAGAUCAGGGUUGUAUGGUCCUCCCUCAUCCAUCCGGCUACUUCACGAUGCCAA